AUGGCAGAGUAUACCCCGUUUCUACGGCGGGCACCAACGCGCGAUAGCCUACCAGACGCCUUGGCCACCAAACAACAACCCAGCCGUCGAGAUCCUCGGAAUUACGCGUCAUUGUGCCGUUUUCUUACCUACCCUAUUUGGAGAUUCCUGCAUCAAGGCAAAGCGUGGUUGCAGUGCAAUCUCCUGAACCCCGGCAAACGUCGCUCACGAGGACGAUCCCGCAUUCAUAUUCUGCUCGUUCGCCUCGUAAAAGCCACCAUUAUAUCGAGCUUUUUUUUCGCUUUCAUUUCGAUUUUGGAAGGAAUUAUAUACCCUUCAUAUCAGCAUCCGCCGAAGCACUAUGAGACACUUCGCGACAAAAUUACUAGUUUCUCACAUUCCGGGCGAGGAAAUGAGCAUAACGAAAAGAUCUUUAUCGCGGCAAAUAUUGUCAAUGAACGGCUGAUUCGGGGAAGUUGGGGAGAUGCCUUGCUAGAACUUGUCGGUAUUCUCGGUGAGGAGAACGUGUUCGUCAGCAUCUUUGAAAAUGACAGCGGGCCCGGUACAAGUGCUGUACUGAACGAACUGCGGGCGCGUUUACCAUGUAACUCGUCGAUCGUGACUGGUGCACGUUUGCCACUAUCUCAAUUUCCUGCCGUGACACUACCGAAUGGAGAAAGGCGAAUAAAGCGCAUUGCUUACCUGGCAGAAGUCCGAAAUCGCGCUCUGAGACCUCUGGACCCUUCAUAUACCCCGAAAGAUGACGCAACGGAGUUCCGUCAUGCACCAAUAAAAUUCCGUCGGGUACUAUUUCUAAAUGACGUCUACUUCACCCCACUUGAUGUAGCUCAGUUAUUAUUUUCUACCAACGCUGCUCCUAAUAGACGCGCUAGUUAUCGCGCCGCAUGUGCCAUUGACUUCGGGUCUCCUGGCAAGAUUUAUGAUACGUUUGUCAUGCGAGACGUUGAAGGGUAUAGAAUUGGCACUCCAUUUUUUCCUUGGUUUCCUACUCAAGGCGAAGCUACCAGUCGACGGGAUGUGCUAGCUGAAAAGGAUGCUGUGAGAGUUCGGAGCUGCUGGGGUGGGAUUGCGGCGUUCGAUGCUAGUGUAUUCCAGCGCCUUACCAACAAGGAUACAUACGAACUGUCAAUACAAUUUCGCUACGACCCAGAACCCUUCUGGGAAGCCGCAGAAUGCUGCCUAGUUUUUGCGGAUAUGGAACAACGCUUAGGCGUGCCGGAAGCGAAAAAUGGAACUGGAGUAUUUGUCAACCCAUAUGUUCGCGUUGCUUACUCACAGGCUACUUGGAAAUGGAUACAGUUCUUUCGGAGGUAUGAAAGGGUUUGGCGCAAUUUCCAGUACAUCGCUAGCACAGUGGCGUAUUCAAAAGAUAACCCUCGUCGGUCGCAUAAGCCGGGGCAAUGGGUCAAGCAGAAAAUCUGGGUAUCGGAUAUCCAGAAGCCAAGACGAGGGGUUUUUAAGGUCGUUGAGCGGCGGGCACCAGCGGGGGGUUUCUGCGGGGAGAGGCGGAUGUUUGUCAUGCAGAAGGACAUCGAGGGCGCAAACAAGAGCGGGCGCGGGAAGAACUGGGACGAGGUUUGGCCAAAUUUCCGACGGGAAAGAUGA